AUGGCUUAUAAUCAAGAACAAUUGACUACUUAUAAAGCAGUUUCAAUAAUUGCUUUUAUUUUAUCAGUAUAUGGAGGUUUAGUAUUUUCAGGAGUAAAUGAAUCAGAAUUAAUUCAUACACCAUAUACUGCUAGUACAAUUUUAUUAUAUAUUUAUUGGAUAGUUUUAUACUUAUGGCAAUUGAUAUAUAUUGUUCAAGUAUUUUUCCCAGAUGAUUUUAGAUUAUCAAUUGUUAGUUUAAUUGGAUGGCAUUUUCCAAUUUUUUCAGUUUUAAAUUAUGUUUGGAGUGAAUUAUUUAUUAAUGAACAUUAUUUCUUAAGUGAAAUUGUUUUAAUUAUUAAUUUUUUAAAUAUUUUAACAUUAUAUUUUGCUCAUAAAACUUUUGCAUUAAGACCAAUUUCAAAUUAUUUAUUAAUUCAUAUGCCAUUAGUUGCAAUGACUAUGGCUUGGUUAUUAUAUGCAAUUUUUUGGAAUGGUGCAAUUUGGUUACAUAUUCAUAAAACAUGGGGUAGAAUAGUUGCUAAUAUUUUUAUAUGGACUUUCUUAUUAGUUCCAUCAUUUUUCUUGCUUUUAUUUAAUGAUUGGGCUACUGGUGUAAGUUUUACAUUUUUAUUAUUUGCAUUAGCUUUUGGUCAAUUAGCUACUAAAGUAUUUGCAUUACAAUGGAUUUUUGCAUUUAUUAUUGCUGGUAUUUUAGCUGUUAUGACUAUUGGUGCUAUGGCUGUUGGUGGAAUUAGACAACAAAAUGGAGAAAAUGCUCCUUUAUUAGUUGUUGAAGAAGAACAAGUUGGUAAUUAA